AUGACAGACACGAUAAACCCGAUGGACCUCCCCGGUUCACCAUCAGACUUCCCCUUGACCGUCUCCCCCGCAGACACCUUCGACGACUCACCCGAGCCCGAGUGCGAGGAUGACGAUGUCGAGAUCAAGGAGGAAGAUGAUAAGAAGACCACAAAGAAGAGAAAGUCCUGGGGUCAGGAACUUCCUACUCCCAAGACCAACCUUCCCCCAAGGAAACGAGCCAAGACAGACGACGAGAAAGAGCAACGCCGCAUCGAGCGCGUACUCAGGAAUCGCGCCGCGGCCCAAACAUCCCGCGAGCGCAAGCGUCUAGAAAUGGAGAAGCUGGAGACCGAGAAGAUCCGAAUGGAAGAACAAAACCAAUUCCUUCUUUCAAGGUUAACCCAGAUGGAGGUUGAGAACAACCGACUAUCCCAACAAGUCGCUCAACUAUCCGCCGAAGUCCGAGGCUCUCGCAGCACAACACCCAUCUCCAACAAAGCCACCUCCCCUCCUCCCGCCAUCACCGAAUCUCCCACUCUCACACCUACCCUCUUCAAACAAGAAGGCGAGGACAUCCAAAUGGAACGCAUCCCCUUCCCUACCCCCGCCACCUCCACUCUCGAUUACUCCCCCACCCUCCAACCCUCCACGCUGGCUGAGGCCUCCGACGCGACACAACAUCCUGCCGCGAUGUUGUGCGACCUGCAGUCUCCUCUUUCUGACGAUGACUUCCGCCGCCUAUUCCACGGUGACAGCGCCGCUGAGUCUAAUCCUUCAUUCCCUGAAGACGGGUUCGCCUUUGGCGCUCUCGACGGAGUCUCAGAUCUCAGUUCUUUCCCCUUUGAUUCAUUGGUUGAUUUCGACCCCGAGUCUGUCGUCACCCUUGACGGCGUCAACGUCGUCGACCAAUCGACCGGUCUUUCGGAUGAACCUACUUGCCCGACUGCUAGCGUGCAGCCCAGCCUUGGCGCGUCCACUUCGAGAUGCGACGGGCAGAGCAUUGCAGCUAGCGGUUAG